AGUUCCGAUUGUAAAUGUAACAUUUCCACUUUUUUUUAACACUUCAAGUGUUACACUUUUAGAAAUAUGGUUCACUUCUGUAUUAGCCAUCAAAGAAGAAUCGUUUGCCACCAGCAGACAAAUUGUUCACGCAUUUGCACAAAUAUGGGAGCUUCUUGUUCUUUGCAUAAUAGCAACCAUGCUAUCAGGAAUUGUCAUUUGGUUUUUGGAUCACAGAACAAACUCGGGUCAUUUUCCAAACUCGUUUUGGAGAGGCGUUCAAGACGGAUUGUGGUGGGCAGUGGUUACCAUGACAACAGUGGGUUAUGGUGACAAAGUUCCUAAAUCAUCGCUGGCUCGGGUGUAUGCUUCACUGUGGAUGAUCAUUGGAAUGUUGUUGAUGUCAACCAUUACAGCCCAGAUCUCCUCGUCCAUCACUGCUGAUGGAUUACGUCCCUUAAAUGAUAUGUUUGGAUGUAAGGUUGGUGUUCCCUUGGGAAGUAGAAACCUCUUUGAGAAAUACAACCGUGGAGCCGACGUCACUGAAUAUUCCACAGAAAGCGCACUCCUAAAAGGCCUGAUGGAUGGUAAAGUGGAUAAAAUAUGGCUGUUCGACUGUGGCACCGAGGAAAUGAAAAAUCAAUUUUCUCGUUUGACGAUCGUUGACGAAUCGAUGGAUUAUUCUACCGUCAGGGUGGGUUUUGCGGUGGAAGAAGGACACGAGGGCCUUGAAGACUGUUUGCAAAGCCAAACUGAUCGGGAGAAAUCAUGGAAAACAAAAUGGAUGGACGAUGACAGCUCGGACGAUGAAGACAAGGAUUGGCAGUCUUCCUGUUUUUCCAAGUACAGCCAUGGAAAAUACCGACAUGAUAUGAAGCAAGGCUCAUCUAGGGGCCAAAUAGAAUCCUUCCACUUCGUUUUGCUGGCCUUUGCUGGUAUUCUUGUCACGUUCUUGUUGAUUGGUUCCCUAAGGAAUGCUUGCUCGAAGAGACCGACAUCAUAUGUUGUUGAUAUCGAAAAAGGAGUGUUUAACACGAAACUGAGAGAGAGUACUACUAGCGCAGUACACAUGAGGAAUCUCUCGACACCAUCAGUUAACUAUUACACAGAGCAGUAGUACGCCUUUGAAACUGUUAUACCACAGGUAGCCCAAGCUCUCUUUGAGAACCACACAAGGAACACAAUUUGCAUAUUUAUAAGGUUU